AAGGAUAGCUUUCGAACAAGCAUGGCAUUCACAAACUUGGCACAUUGCCAACAUAAAUUAUCAUGCCCUUAAUUUACAUUUACAUACAGAACGUUAUGAUUGAGGCGCUUUUGGAAAUCUUAUCAAGGUUAGAUUUGAUUUCAGACAAAGUAGUUUUAACAUCUAACCGUACGUGUGACAUCGCGAAGAUUGCAUAUGGAGCUAGAAAUUUGAAAGACUAAUUGAAAAUGAUUAACACCGGGAAAUUAGCAGGGCGCACGCUGUUCAUCACUGGUGCAAGCAGAGGCAUUGGGAAGGCCAUUGCAUUGAAAGCUGCUAGAGAUGGAGCCAAUGUCGUCAUCGCUGCUAAGACUGCUGAACCUCAUCCAAAGCUUCCAGGAACCAUCUAUACAGCAGCAGAACAAGUGGAGAAAGCUGGUGGAAAAUGCCUGCCAUGCAUAGUUGACAUCAGGGAAGAGUCGCAGGUAGCAUCAGCUGUCGAGGAAGCCGUCAAGAAGUUUGGAGGCAUUGAUAUUCUAGUCAACAAUGCGAGUGCUAUUAGUUUAACAGAUACGGAACACACACCUAUGAAGAAGUAUGAUCUCAUAAAUUCCAUCAAUUCAAGAGGAACAUAUCUUUGCUCCAGAGUUUGCCUUCCACACCUCAGAAAAGGAACCAAUCCUCAUAUCUUAAAUCUCAGUCCCCCUUUGAACUUUGAACCCAAAUGGUUCAGAGGUCAUGUAGCCUAUUCAAUAGCCAAGUAUGGAAUGUCUUUAUGUGUAUUGGGAAUGGCAGAUGAAUUCAAACCUUAUGGUAUUGCAGUCAACGCACUCUGGCCAAGAACAGGCAUCUGGACUGUUGCCAUGGAUAUGAUCGGAGGCGAGUCGGAAUCCACGAUGAGGAGCUGUAGAACAGUGGAUAUCGUCAGCGAUGCUGCAUACGCUAUUUUCCUCAAAGACAGUUCAACCUUCACAGGAAACUACUGCAUAGAUGAUGAGAUUAUGAGGUCCGAAGGCAUCACCGACUUGGAACGGUACUCCUGCGUGAAGGGGUCUCCUCUCCUCCCUGGCUUCUUUGUGGGCCCCGAUCCCAAAGCCAAGCCAGGGGAAUUCAUUGGAUCUUUCCCAGAUGAAUUGACUGGAGGAGGAGGAGCAGUAGCCGGUGGGGGUGAUGCAGGAGCUGGUGGAGCCGUAGCAGCCAUGUUUGAUAAGAUGGGAGGCAUGCUGAGUGAUAGUCAUGUCCAGAAGAUUGGUUCAGUCUUCCAGUUUGAGCUCUCAGGCAAAGAACCUGGAACGUGGUACCUUGAUCUCAAGAAUGGCUUAGGGUCAGCAGGCUCCGGGGCGCCCUCUAGUGACGCUGAUGCUACCUUAUCAUUAGACAGCGAUGACUUCAUCAAGAUGUUUGAAGGCAAGAUGAAAGCUUCUGUGGCCUUCAUGGGUGGUAAACUCAAGAUCAAAGGAGACAUGAUAAAAGCUAUGAAGCUGGAAAAACUCAUGGAGGAAUUCUACAAGCUUGCAUCGGCGGAGGCGCCCAAGGCUGAACCUGCAGCAGCAGCAUCGGGAAGCAGCGGAGGGCAGAUAGAAGGGAUGUUCACAAGGAUACGAGAGCUUCUGAGCGAAGAGAUGGUUGGGAAGAUCGGAGCCGUCUACCAAUUUGAUGUUUCAGGUGACGAGGCAGGGUCAUGGACCCUGGAUCUCAAGAACGGUUCUGGAUCCGCCAAGGCCGGUGCCGCCGAGAACCCGGACGUGACCAUGGUCAUGGACGCCGCCCUCUUUGUCAAAAUGUUCCAGGGUAAGAUGAACCCGACCAUGGCCUAUAUGGGCGGCAAGCUGAAGAUCAAGGGAGACCUUGGUAAAGCCAUGAAGCUGGAGGGUAUCAUGAAGAAGAUGCAAUCAAAGCUGUAGAAGUAGUUUGAAUGUAUUCAAAUGGACUUAUUUUAUUGUGAGGUUUUAUAAACCCACAAUUAUAAUGCCAAGGGACAAGAUUUUUAAACAGGGCAAAGUGUCAUAAAAAAUACAAUUUACAAUUUAUUGUCAUAGUAAUUCUAUGAAAACCUUAUACAGCAAGGUGAUUACAAUUUGUUGGAAAUAAUCCUUACCAGGCCUGUGCAUCACAAAAAGUACAUGCAGGUGUAUUAUUACUUUUUUGUGUUUGUUUUUGUUAUGUGAAAAAGUUUAAUAAAAUAUUAUAAUCAGCUAUGUUAAAUUUUGUUACAGGGUUUAAAUACUUGAGAAAUUCUAAUGCGCAGUCAACCCGCUAGGCCACAAUCCUGUUAUUUCUUUUAUCAACAUGAUAUUGAAUUUAAAAUACAGGUGAAAUUGAGUAGUAGGAUUUCAUGAGACCACAGAUAUUGUUAUGAUUAAGCCAAAUCAGAGUUAGAAGA